GUCGUCGGUCGCUCGUCGUUCGUUGUCGUCGUCGUCGUGUUGUGUGCAUUUCAUGAUAAACAAUUUAAAAUAAAUAACAAAAUUCACAUAGUUAUGGUGCAUUAAAGUAAACAAACUGUCCACUAAAGCAGACCACAAGUGUUAAAUUGUACGCACUAUCCGCCUGCUGAUAGCUAUACCGGUUAUCGGGUAACUCCACCCCAAAGCAAUCAUCAUCCGCACAGCAACAACAACAACAAUAUUAUACACAACAGCGGCAGCAGCAAUAACAACAACAACAACAACAACACCAACUGCAGUAACAACAACAGUAACAGCAACAGAAUGGACACCGAUGAUGUUGAGUCGAACACAAGCAGCGCGAUGUCCACAUUGGGCACAUUAUUCUCAUUCCAAUCGCCGGCGGUGAAGAAACUAUUGGGCUGGAAGCAGGGCGACGAGGAGGAGAAAUGGGCCGAGAAGGCUGUCGACAGUUUGGUCAAGAAGCUAAAGAAACGCAAAGGCGCCAUCGAGGAGCUCGAACGUGCCCUAUCCUGCCCCGGUCAGCCAUCGAAGUGUGUGACCAUACCACGAUCAUUAGACGGACGAUUACAGGUCUCUCAUCGCAAGGGUCUGCCACAUGUGAUCUAUUGCCGCGUUUGGCGCUGGCCCGAUCUGCAGUCGCAUCACGAACUGAAACCGCUCGAAUUAUGCCAAUAUCCGUUCAGCGCCAAACAGAAGGAGGUCUGCAUCAAUCCCUAUCACUACAAGCGUGUCGAGAGUCCCGUCUUGCCCCCCGUGCUCGUGCCACGUCACUCCGAGUUCGCCCCCGGCCACUCGAUGCUGCAGUUCAAUCAGAUGGCCGAGCCGAGCAUGCCGCAUAAUGUUAGCUACUCGAACAGUGGCUUCAAUUCGCACAGUCUCAGCAAUAGCAACACAUCGGUGGGCAGUCCCAGUUCGGUUAACUCCAAUCCCAAUUCACCGUACAACAGUCUGGCGGGCACACCGCCGCCCGCCUACAGUCCAUCCGAGGAUGGCAACUCCAACAAUCCGAACGAUGGCACACAAAUGCUUGAUGCCCAGAUGGGCGAUGUGGCGCAGGUCAGCUACUCGGAGCCAGCGUUUUGGGCCUCCAUUGCCUACUACGAGCUGAACUGUCGGGUCGGCGAGGUAUUUCACUGCAACAACAAUUCGGUCAUUGUCGAUGGCUUCACGAAUCCAUCCAAUAACUCUGAUCGCUGCUGUCUCGGUCAGCUGAGCAAUGUGAAUCGCAACAGUACCAUCGAGAAUACACGCCGUCAUAUAGGAAAAGGCGUUCAUCUGUACUACGUGACCGGCGAGGUUUAUGCCGAGUGCUUGUCCGAUUCCGCCAUAUUCGUGCAGUCGCGCAACUGCAAUUAUCAUCACGGCUUCCAUCCGAGCACCGUGUGCAAAAUCCCCCCGGGAUGUUCAUUAAAGAUCUUCAACAAUCAGGAAUUUGCUCAACUGCUCUCGCAAUCGGUGAACAAUGGCUUCGAGGCCGUCUACGAGCUGACAAAAAUGUGCACAAUCCGCAUGUCCUUUGUGAAGGGCUGGGGUGCUGAAUACCAUCGACAGGAUGUGACUUCAACACCCUGUUGGAUCGAGAUCCAUCUGCAUGGGCCGCUGCAAUGGUUGGACAAGGUUCUCACACAAAUGGGAUCGCCGCAUAAUGCGAUUAGCUCUGUAUCCUAAAGACAAAAACAAAAACAAAACUAACAACAAGAAACACCUAACUAAACUAACUAACUAAAUAGAACUAUAAAUGAUGAUGGGAUUUAGUGGAAAAGAAAGUCCAAUACACGCAGAGAAAGCUUUGGAGUUAAGAGAAAAAACAGAAAAACUAAAAACUAUGUAAAAGACGUAGAGCAAAGUAGAGAAAAGGAGAAAGCGUGAAAAGGGAAGGAAAAAAACCUAAAGGAAUAUGAACUAAAAAUGUGUGCGCGUGUACAUGCCUUAUAUAUAAAGAAUAUAUUAUACACAGAUUUAUAUAUUACACACAUAUAUAUAUAUAAUAUAUAUAGAUAUCUGUAGAAACAGCUACUCAACCCGCCUCUCGCCCAAUAAACAUACUUAUCUAAUUUCUAGUUUAUCAUAUAUGAUUUUCAACGCGAAUGUCAUUCCUUAUGCAACAACAAAUACAAAAUUCAACUAAAACAAAGAUGAACAUCAAUCGCUCUAUAUGAUGCAACCAAUAUUAUAUGAUAAUAAUAUUAUAUGUAUGUGCCCUUUGGCAAAAUAUGUUGUUCAAGUCUAUUUCAAGUGCUACCUUUGUGUCAUUGCGAAUUGCUUUAAAAGAUAGCGAAAACAAGAAUUAAAUAAUACUAUAUAUGUACUACUAUAUGAUGCCUAACUCUAUAUACUAUUUACCACUUAAAGUACCAUUAGAGUAUGUAGGGCAAGUUUUAAACAACUUUUAUGCAAUACAUUUUUUUAAAAUACGCAACACACACACACACCCCACAACACAACACUACACAACAAAACAAAAGUUAUGUUUAACUAAUUGAUGAUCUUGUUUAACUUUAAGUACAAUUUUCAAACAAAAAAAAAAGCAAAACUAAAAUCAAAAACAAACGCAAUCAAUUUUAAGUUUAAUCAUUUGUCUAGUUAAGUUUAUUUUAGUUUUUGUUUCAUUUACAACAUUUUUUCGAUGGUUUUUUGAAAAAAACAUGAUUUUUUUAUUGUUUAAUGCAAAAUUUGUGCCGAACUUUUCUUUAUAAGUAGCUUUAAUGUCAUCAUUUCAAAUAAACCGUUUUUGCCUUAUCA